CGGGAGGCGCCAGUGCUGCCACGUCUGGGCCGCGGACUCGGACUGUGGCGCGCGAGGUGGGACGGGCGCUGGAGCCGGAGCCGGAGCCGGAGCCGGUGCCGUGCUCUGCGGCGGGGUGGAGUCUGACGCGCCCCGGGAGGAGUGCGGACUGCGGGGCCUGCGCGGGUGAGGAGGGCCGGCGUGCCGCCGGGGGGCUGCGGCCGGGCUCGUCAGACAGGUGCGCCUGCUGCGGCGAGCGGGCCGGGACGGGCCCGGGGACCGGUGUUGGGGAGCCGAGCGCGUCGGCCGGACACGCUCCCGGAGCGGAGGGCCGGGGCCCGAGCGGGCAUUGCGGUCGACGCUAACUCUUCCUCCCCGGCUUCGGCUCGCAGUCUCCGCAGCGCCGGCCGUGCGUGGACCCCGACGCCUCCGGCCUCUUCCCGUGGGGCGCAGCCGAGUGGCUGCCCCGCAGGUCGGGUCUUCCCCCGGUAGAGGGGGACACCCUUUGUCUCUUUUCCCCGGGCUUCUGCCCUAGAAGCGCGGCGUCCUGGACUGUGCUUGCUGUUUUGAGAGCUGAUGUUUAUACCCUCCUGGAAAGAUGAAACCUGAUGAGACUCCUAUGUUUGACCCAAGUCUACUCAAAGAAGUGGACUGGAGUCAGAAUACGGCUACAUUUUCUCCAGCCAUUUCCCCAACCCACCCUGGAGAAGGCUUGGUUUUGAGGCCUCUCUGUACUGCUGACUUAAAUAGAGGUUUUUUUAAGGUACUAGGGCAGCUGACAGAGACUGGAGUUGUCAACCCUGAACAAUUCAUGAAAUCUUUUGAGCAUAUGAAGAAAUCAGGGGAUUAUUACGUUACAGUUGUGGAAGAUGUGACUCUAGGACAGAUUGUUGCUACAGCAACUCUGAUAAUAGAACACAAGUUUAUUCAUUCCUGUGCUAAGAGAGGAAGAGUAGAGGACGUUGUCGUUAGUGAUGAAUGCAGAGGAAAGCAGCUUGGCAAACUGUUAUUAUCAACCCUUACUUUGCUAAGCAAGAAACUGAACUGUUAUAAGAUUACUCUUGAAUGCCUACCACAAAAUGUUGGUUUCUAUAAAAAGUUUGGAUAUACAGUAUCUGAAGAAAACUACAUGUGUCGGAGAUUUCUAAAGUAAAGAUAUUUCAAGAAAGAGAACUAUCAAAGGCAUUAAUGGUACAAAGCUAUCCUCUUCCUAGAGUUAAAAUACUAUGUUGCUGUGACCCAGUAACCUCUAUAAAUACCAGACUGAAAAAAAACAUUGUAAUACUGCAAGUAUGACAUUGAGAGGAUUAUUUUGGGCUGGUGGGACAUUCUGUGAGUUCAGAUCACAAAUGAUUAUUAUAAAGGGGGUGAUUUUUAACCAAAAGAAUAUAUUUUUAACUUGAAUCUUUUCUUGCAUUGUAUUUUUCUAAAGUCUGCCUUCAUUUCUUGGUAGUCAAGAAUUUGGGUAGUAAGGAGUCAUACACCAGCUAUCAGUACUGCUCAUUCAAAAAGUACACAUCGAAUAAGGCUGUUUCUCAUCACAUGUGUACAAUGUAAUAUUUGUUUCAAAGAAACUGAUAUAUACACUUGGGGGGAGCAUAUCAUUUCCUAUAUAACAAAUCAAGUUGGAUAAAUUAGUCACAUCUAAAUAUACAGCAGUCCAAUAUUUCUUGACCCUAACAGUAAUAGAAAUGAAAAUUAACUUAUGUUACAAGAGUCAUAGUAAAAUAAUUUAAAUGUUUUACUGUUUAUAUAGUAUAGUUCUACGUAGACAAAGUACCAUCUGUCUUAUCUGCAAUAUAUAAUAAUUACCAUUUGUUAAAAAUAGCUACCUAAGAGCAGUUAUAAUGGGACAUCUAAGGUACUUUUAAAUAGUGAAUUAAUAAAUCUUAGCAUAGGUAGAAAUGCCUGCAUUUCUCUCUUCAUGCGUACCUGAAGCCUGUUUUCUGAGUAAUAUCUUUAUGAAAUGGAGUCUUCUAAAGUUAAGUGGAAUCAUACUGUUAUUUGUCACAUUCUUAAAAUGGUGAUGGAAGCUUUUCUUUUAAAUGUGAUUAUAACGAUACUAUUACUCUGGUCAUUAUCCUGUUUUGAUUUUAUUUAUUUUAAUUAUUUUUUAACGUUGAAGAAUUGACACUUUAAUGGUUCUAAUCUUUUGCAUUCCAUGUUAUAAUAAACCUGUUCAUAUGA